AAACUCGGGAUAGGGGUCAGGGGCCUGAGGGCUUGAAACCUUGCAGAAGAAGAAGAAGAAGAAGAUGAUCGAGGUGGUGCUGAACGACAGGCUGGGAAAGAAGGAUCGGGUGAAAUGCAACGAGGACGACACCAUAGGCGACCUGAAGAAGCUGGUGGCUGCCCAGACGGGGACCCGAGCGGAUAAGAUCCGAAUCCAAAAGUGGUACUACAUUUACAAGGAUCACAUCACUCUCAAGGAUUACGAAAUCCACGACUGCAUGGGCCUCGAACUCUACUACAACUGAAACUCAUCAAUUCAGUUCUACGUACGUACAUACGUCGUCGUUUCUUUUCUUUGCUUAAGGGCGUCGGUGGCAAUUAAUUAA